ACUCCGCUCGAAACGGUCACGUAAUGCCGCUAGCCGCUAGCGCGCACCGACAGCGCUCACGAUAAUUCGCCCCCGGUAGCCUAACUAGUGCAAACGUCCACAAAAUAUCACAGAGCCCAUACAAUACAGUGUCUAAGAUAACUUUUCAGCUUCAUCUGAGCAAACUUUUGAGGUUAGAAUUUUCCUCCGGCUUUUCCGAAGUUCGCGCCAUCAAAAUCCUUUCGGCCUCUGCAGUUGCAUAACAAUGCAGGCCGCGUGGAAAUGUUUGGUACAGUGAAAAUUUUCGUGUGACUAGAUUCCGUUUCCACGCGGCGAAUGGCGUGUUAUAGCCUAUAGGUGAUUUGGACCGAUUUCAGUUUAACGACUCGUACUCGCUGGCCGCUUACGAAACGCUUCAAGCAAAAAAAAGUUUUGCCGAAAAAAGUUUGCAAUUCGCUUGACGACAGUAAUCAGAUAAAUUAACAAAAUUUCAUUUCACUUGCCGUGAUACGUUAAUCAACAGUUUAAAAGACUAAUUAUUUAUUCAAAUAUUUGAGGGACUUGAACGUUAUCGCAUUUAACUUUUCUGUCAAUAUCAUUUGCAUAAAUUGUCCUCGAUUUCAACAGUUAGAAUUACGAUCUGUCUGUGGCUUUGACUGUGAUAUUUUGUGGUAGUGUCAGUGUAUUAGUGAGUUUUGCAGCUCAGGGAAAUGUUACUAAUAUUACCUUCCCGAUGUGUAUUUUACAGCAAUACCAGUGUUGAGUUAUAAGUUAGAAUUACAAUAACCACAAGUGAUACGAUAUAGUUGGAAACAGUAGGAAAGUGACCCGCUAUUGGUGACAGCGGUUUUGAAAAAUACCAAUUGAGAACGGUAUUUUGAAAGUGCAUCUAACCCCUUGUCUAGCUCAUACAUAUUGUGAUACGGAUUCCGCAAACCUCACAUUGUGGUGUAAGCUACACCAGUGGUGCAAUAUUAGUGCAUUAUGUAUUAUAUGAGCUGCAAGCAUCGAUACACAAAACGAACUGACACCUGAAGAUAAAAACGUAAUCGUAACGUCAAUGUCACAAAUAUUAGAUUUACGGUUCGGCUACACGUGACGGAUUAAUGCAAUGACAGACAGAACGUAGGGUCGUAUUGUGUGAGGUCGGGUGCGUGUUAUGCGCACAGUUUGAGCAGUGACGGCGAACGGGCGGCUGCAAUGGGCGCGGCGCGCCAUGCGUCCGCGUUCGCGCCCGCUGCGCUUGCUUCUGGCGGCGCUGGCGUUAGCUUCGUGCGCGGCGGCUCCGGCGCCCGAGCCGCGCGCACAACGCUCGGCGAACCUAAGCCAUAUUACGGGCACCUCGCGUACAAUACAGAUGUUCCUCAAGAAUCGUUAUCUUCAGCUUCUGCCGGAUGGCACCGUCAACGGCACCACAGACGGCAACAGCGUUUACACGAUACUUCAGCGUGCGACGUACAAGGUCGGCCUCCUGACGAUCCAGGGGGUGUCCACCUGUCUCUACCUCUGCAUGGAUGCCUGCGGGUUCCACUACGCUAAUGAUCUCUCGGACGAUUGCGUGUUCGAGGAACAUAUAGAGGAGAAUAACUACAACACGUAUUCGAGGAUACGUGCCGGUAAGAAGACGUUCCUGGCGCUAGAUAACCGGGGGAAGGCGCGCCGAACGCAGAUACCAGUGAGCAGACCUCUGGGCAACCUCUCCGGAUAUGCCCUCACGCUCACUAAGCGCUGGGAGGGACCUAAACACUCCCAGUGCCCUCCCCGACGGCACCGCGGCAAACUGAAACGACCGCCGCCCUUCCACAGGAACUGUCAGCGCCGCGUUGCGAAACAAAACAUGCGGAAACGGAAGCACAAAAAAGCGAACGACCCGAAAAAAAAACGGCAUCCGAAAGCGCGGAGAAAACACGACAGCACGACGAGCACGACGGAGAUGAGCUGGGACGAAUCGACGAUGUCCACUAUGUCGACGACUGAUGAGUUUUUUCGGUCGGCGACCGGUCGCGCGUGAGCCGGUCGCUGGUCGCCGUGGGAGCCGCCGUGGCGCUCGCACACUAGCACCGUUCCACUUACGCUAGAAUCUCUAACCGUGGCUGGUUAGGCAGGUGCUCUGAACUCAUACUUAAUGUCACCUUAAGUAAAGACUGGUCCAUUCGGUAGGUCCCUUGCACCUGCUGCGCUAUUUAUUUGUCCUUGUAAACUCCUAUACUGCUGUGAUACUUUAUUCGUGUCAAAAAAAUAAAUCAGAAAUAUAUGAAUAUCUAACAAUGGUGAAUACUUUUUAGCCACGUUUUUGUUGACAUCCUCUAACCGUGCCACCCCAUUACCAUUCCCAUUCAAAGCCGUUCCCAAGGAAUGGCACUUGAAAAAUUCGGCGCAAACGAUCGUGGCAAAACUCAAUAUUAUCUUACUAAACAGUGAAUCACGAUUAUAAAAUUGAGAGGUGAACCUUAACAGCUUUCGAAAUUAUUUUAAAACAUCUUAUUCAUUUAAGAAAUCACGUAAUUAAUUUCUGUAAUCAUAACAAGUCAAAAUUCCUUUACUGUGUUAGUAGUAAAAUAUUCAUUAUCAAAUUAAUUUUGUAAGAUACAGAUAAUCAUCACACAGCUUUUCAUUGAGUUUUGUUUUUAAUUCUCAGUUACAUAUAUCCGUUAAUAGUUAAUGUUACCCUAUGUUCAUUUCAAAAUACUCAAUUAUCGACGUAACGUCCAAUGAUAUUAUUCUACCAAAGCUACUGAAAUUAUCUAUCUCAAUUAUAUUCCUAGUACGCUUUAACGUAGUUAUAACGGAUUCCAAUUGUCUUAGUUAUCAUGAAAUUAACUUAGUCGAUAACUUAUGAUUAAUAUCGAAUGUAAAUGAGCCGAGAUUUGUUUGUGGAACUGUGCUAGGUGAAGGGAAGAUCCUUAUUCGCUGCAAAUGACUUGCAACAGACUACAUCAGUAAGGACAGUCUUAAAUAACGAGCCAAAAAGUAGCCGAGUCUGUGCUGUAAUUAUAGCAACGCGUUCAUUCGGAGUGUCCAUACUGUUAGUAGAUCAACAACAUCCGCACCCCCCCAGAUCUAUUUUAACCUUUGGACCGAAUCACGCGUCUGUUUAUUAUUCGUAUAUCAACCGAGUCGAUUUCCUAUUUAAUUAACUCUUAGUGAUCCGUUAAUGGAUGCAAUGCGGCCCAUUGCAUUCCGUUAUACAAACUUAUCACUUCCCAAAAACAUGUUCCGCAUCUCGAAUAUUUCCACGUUUAUUCAUAAAUAAAUUCAGAAAAUUUGUAGCGAAUAUGGAUCGGUAAAGGUUUAUUGUACUUAGACGGAUAUGUUUGGUGUAUUUUCAUAAGGAAUUGACUGAAAAUAUAUGACUGAGUAAUGUAGGAACCGUCAGUUUUGGUAUAGGCUAUGAUAGUGUAAAGCGCGGCGGCGGCGGCCUGCUUCUGUUAUUUGUAAGUUAGGACUUGAUACGAGCGAUUUUGCAUAAGUGUUGCCAGUAAAAGAUACAUCACACCCCUUAGUAUGUUUAACGUUUAGUCUAUGGAUUUAAAAUUGCAUUUCGCGCGCAAAUUCGUUCGCAUCAAUCAACCGAAUAAGUAGUGAUAAAAUUAAACGGCGAUGAAGUGACUAUUAGUAGUUAGGUAUGUCGUGUAUGUAAUUUGUAAAUUAUUUAUUUUAUUUUCCAUAGAGAAAGUCGUAUUUUGUUAACGUUUUAGUUGAUGUUUUAAUUCUUGACCCGUUAGUACCAUCCGGUGUAGACAUUAGGAUGACAUACGCUUGUAAAGUUAGUGAGCCAUUAUGUGUAUUAUAUUUAUAAUCUAUAAUAAUUUAAUUUUUAUUGUUUGUAUGAAUGAAUAGAUAUUACACGAAUACAUUCUGUAUAAAUCCCUCGCAAUCGGUGUAUGAAUUGUGCUUAGAAUAAAGAAAUCGAAAUAUUCGUUUGCGGACAAAAAAAUAGAUAUAAGCUCUAAAGUAAUAAUUUAUUUGUGCAUUCAGCAUAAAUGACUCUUUCGGUCAAAAUAAUAAUUAAUUACAUCGUUGCAAUCAGGAAUCAUUUGCAACAACAUUCAAUACGUAAUCAAUAUUCAUAACAAAACAAAACCAAUAAUAAGAAAUGAUUAGUAUCAAGCAUUUUAUGUAAAACAAUUGUUGCGAACAAAUAUUAAUAGUCCGCUAAUGAAAUAUUCAAGAGUUAUGAAUAUUCAUUGUAAAGCUUUAUGAUUGUACCUACGUAUGCGAGAUGAAUCAAGUUAUUUAUUAUGUCCGUUGUUAUGUCAAUGAAAACGUCGUAUUGUACUAUGUAAAUAAAGCAUUUAACCGUAUUUUGUUAGAGCCUGUAAUUUUGCAGGAUUUACAUAAAACCUCUUUUUUACACAUAGACAAUUCGGGGUUUUUAUCUAUGUUUGCGACAAUUAUAAAAUUUAAAAUUGGAAUACUGAGUAAUAUUAAAGGCUCUAAUAUUUUCACUUGAUUUUAAUGAAUUUGCUUUUGUAAAUAUUAUAAAUUUAUUAUCCUAGAAUCAGUAUUGGAGCAUAGUGGAAAUAUGGUUAUGCAUUUUAUUAUAAAUAACAACUUUUCUUUGUUUUUUUAAUCAUUUAAUUAUUCUAAAGCCUACCUCUGAGGUUUAUAGACAAAAACUCCAUAUUAUAAACAUUAAUAAACGACAAAAAAGCUUCAAGUCAAUUUUUUUAUGUUUUAAUGCACCUUAUACAACAUUAUUAUCGAUGAAUUUGUGACUUGUAUAUCAAAAUAAAACAUAAAAGCAGAAUGUUAUCUGUGUUACCCACGAAAUGGAUAAAUAACGUUAGAGGAGCCUUUAGACUGCUGUCGCCGCUAGGACUACCUUCAAUUCACACAAUAUAGGACAACUGUUUUAAAAUUGUGUAGGUGGGCGGCCUUUGCAUCCUUAUUUAUCCAUUCCGUGUAUAAACAUAAUUCGCGGGUAAUGAGUUGGCCAGAAUUAUUUAAAACGCAGAAGUUGUAUUAAGUGGUUCUCCUGCUAAACCAUCUCGCAAUAUCAGGCCAAGUUAUGUAUCUAUAUAGAGCUCUGAAGUUUCAUCGUACACGUUCAUUUUCUGACUGUAAAAUACAUUUUUUAUUUUAUUAAUUACACUCAAGUGCCAUAUCCUACUUUUAAUAUAAUUACCUGUCAAAAUACUUAGUAAUACAUAUUCGCUAUAGCUACUUCGAUGUAAAGGAUUUAAGAAAUGAAUGGAGUUAUAAGAAAACUGAAACUUAUUUGGAAUGAAUUAUAAUAAUCUUAAUAUUUAGGAGUCGUAACUCACAUAAAUAGAUAAAAUGCGUUUUAUUACUUUGGAAACUUUUCUACGUAUUUAUGAAUUUUUAAAGGAUACGUACCAAAAGAACAAUAAUAAUGUUAGACAUUUUCGGAGUUAUAUACAUAACCCUUCUUUUAACAAAUCUAUAAGGAUAAAUCGUUUGUAUCGAAAACUAAGCUGUACCCACCAAAUUAAUGGCUCCUAAGUCUUUUUGUCUUUAAUGAGACAAAAUGGGAUACUUGGGUCAAACAGUAUUACUUCUACCUUUACAUUUCUACAAUAUAGCUGUAUUCGUGAUAAUACAUGUACAAAUCGAAUAAAACAAUUGUGCGUCCCUCGACGUAAUUGUGUACAGUAAAAGAAAUUUUGUUUUAUCGAAAUGAGACGGUUAUAAAAUGUGUAGCUUAAGAUUCAAAACGAGCUAAGUCCGAUGGUGUGACAUAAUGGAUUCGGAUUAAAGUUGUAUAUCAACAACAAUAUAGCGUAGAUUUCCCAAAAGGAUAAACGAAACUUUUAGACAAUAACUUUUGCAGCCUCUUAUACCGAAA